AUGGCGAAGGUUGCGUUCUUGCGUGACAUUUUCGGUCACUUGAAUACUCUCAAUCUAGAAGGCCGUGACAAAACCACCAGCGACGUAGUCGAGAAGUUGGAAGCCCUUGAGAAGAAACUGAGCAUCUUCCUUGCUGACCUCAAAUCCGAAAAGCUUUUGCACUUCAAGCAUCAAGAAGAGCUGGACGAGAAUUACGGAGUUACUAACCUCAUGACAGACUUCAUUGUGCAGCUGAAUGAAAACUUCAGUUCCCGGCUCAGUGACUUCAGCAUCCCUGAGGACGUCAUCGGUAAUGACUUCAUGGCGAAGGUUGCGUUCUUGCGUGACAUUUUCGGUCACUUGAAUACUCUCAAUCUAGAAGGCCGUGACAAAACCACCAGCGACGUAGUCGAGAAGUUGGAAGCCCUUGAGAAGAAACUGAGCAUCUUCCUUGCUGACCUCAAAUCCGAAAAGCUUUUGCACUUCAAGCAUCAAGAAGAGCUGGACGAGAAUUACGGAGUUACUAACCUCAUGACAGACUUGAUUGUGCAGCUGAAAGAAAACUUCAGUUCCCGGCUCAGUGACUUCAGCAUCCCUGAGGACGUCAUCGGUCUUGGACCGAAUACCAAGGUUCAACUGACCAACAACGAAAUCGUCGUUUUGUCUGAGGAGAGCUUCCGCCCGAUGUUGGACAUCCUCUCAACAGGAGAUGGAGUCCUCUAUCUAGACGUAUGCGGGAAGAAGGAAAGUCAAAUUCAACUAUCAGCAGGAGGAAACCCAUCUAGAAUCGGAGAAUGGCCAUGGCAAGCGGCCAUUUAUGACCUCACGAAGGGAGAUGUUAUUUGUGGAGGGGCUCUUAUUAGGGAAGAAUGGGUGCUAACAGCGGCCCAUUGUGCCGUUGUAUCAAGUUCCAUCCGAACUCGAAAUGUUACUGAAAUUUUGGUCCACCUAGGGAAACACAAUCGACACGAUGUCAGUGACAAGUACAUGCAGAUCCAACAGGUGUCCCAUAUAAUCUUGCACAAGGACUUCAACCUAUAUAAUAACUAUGACUCGGAUAUUGCUUUAUUGAAAUUAGCAAGACCUGCCGUGCUGACUGCGCGAGUUCAGUUGGUAUGUCUCCGUAUCCGAUUUGAUUUAUCUGAGGUCAACCUCGAUAGCGGAGUGAAAGGAUGGGUGGCUGGUUGGGGUACUGACGAUUCAGAUAAACUCAUAACUGUCCUGACGGAGAUUCAACUCCCGGUGAUAUCCAAUCGCAAUUGUUCUCUGGAAACCCGUAAUUUCAAGGGAGACCAGGGCGUCACUCGUACCCUCACCUCAAAUAUGUUCUGCGCUGGUUUUUCUGUGGAUACUCCUCUCAAAGAUUUUCGAACAGUGUGUCCUGGGGACUCUGGGAGUCCCAUGGUCUUCCUCUCCAAUACAUCACUAGACAGCCACUGGACAAUGGAAGGGAUCGUGAGCCACUUCUUACAGAAAGGUUCUUGCUCGAUGAGGCGCCCUGGCCAGUAUGGCAUUUUCACCAGAGUUAAUAGGUUCAUCCAGUGGAUCAACCAGGUAAUACAUAGAGGCUUCUGACAAAUCAUAAUUGAUUCAACAAUAUGCAAAAAUUUCCCCAAC